AGAUUUAAAGCAUCAUCAGCACUUAAGACUUUGAGCCGAUGUUUAACAAAAUAAUGAUAAACCAAAAUAGACUGACCUAAUUUGUAGUUGGAAAUACAAUCUGUCGGAAAUGAUAAGUCGAAGCUCUCUAUGUAUUGAUAAGUCGAAGCUCUCUCUCAUUUCUUUAAUAUAUUCUCGAUGUGUUUAGACAAACACUUUAGUGAGUUUUUGAUCCAGGUUGAGUAGAGAACAAUAAUUCCAAAUGAGCAGAAUAAUAUUAUAUACAGCCUUGAUUCUGGUUGCUCAAGGAAUAUCUUUUGCAGAAUCAGCAAUUAAUGAAAAGGCUACUCAAGAAACUGAACUUGACGAACAAUGCAGCGCGUACACUUAUAAGUCAGUGAAGCCAUUCAUAGAUUAUAUACAGCAUGUUAAAGAUGGACUUGAACAGUGUGAACUAAAGGAUAAGGAAGUAAAAGAGUUAAAAGAGAAAAUUGUUCAUCAGGAAGUCAAAGAAGCGAUUAUUAAAGAAUUGAGGGCUCGGAUUGACGAUCUGCACUCAAAUUUAGAAUUUCAGAAAGAAAUUAUUCAUAGUCAAAUGUUACAAUCCAAGAGUGCAGUGAAUUGUGACGAAUUGAAAUUCAAAAUAGUGUUUCAAAAUGAUAAGCUAGAAGAGUACGAAAAUCAGCUUCAUACGUUAAACGAAACUCUUGAUGAAAAGAAUGCCAGCCUAUUACAAUGGGAAAGAAAUCUUCGUGAGAUUAACCAAACUCUCGCUGAAAGGAAUAAUGAGUUGGUGAAUGAAAAUAAUAAUUUGAAAGUAUGCAAUACAAAUGUUGAUAAGUUAAAGGAGUUAAAUGAAAAUAGCGUUUGUGGUGGUUGUAUUCCGGGUACUAAUUCAAUAUAUGUAGAUGGCUAUGGUUCAUUCGAUGUGUUGAUCGAUAAUAAUACAGCUGGAACUGGCUGGAUUGUCAUCCAGCAGAGAAUAGAUGGUAAAGAAGAUUUUUAUCGCGAUUGGGACACGUAUUUAGGUGGCUUUGGUUCUUUCAAGGGCGACUUCUUUCUAGGCUUAGAAAAGAUUCAUCAAUUAACGAACUCGACACGCCAUGAGCUCCUUAUUCACAUGAAGAACUUUGAUGGGAGUAUCAGCAACCUUGGGUAA